AUGUUACUUACAUUAUCUCACAAUCUUGCAACAAGUAAGCUGUAUCAUCGGAUCAAAAAUUAUUCUAGCCCAAAGAUUAUACUAUCAUGGAUAUGUAAUAUUCGCUAUUGCACAGUCCCUAAGAUUCAAUAUCCUUUCAAGCCUAAUAGCAAAGUUGAGCAGAGUAAUAUUGAUGAUCCCUUACAGUUUACCCGUCCUAUCUGUAUCACCUUACCAAAGCAAAAGAGUCAUAAUGGAGACGUUACGUAUACCGAUGAGGAGAAUAAGCUAGCAAGUGUGACAACAAUCUUAAAAAAUUCCAUGUCGUAUGGUGAUUAUAUACGAAUACAAAAAUGGAAGCAGAAAGCACAGUUGCAAUUAGGUCAUUUGGAGUAUCAUAAGACAUCUACAACAACUAAUGUCUCGGUAGACGAAGAAGAAAAGGUGGCUACUGCUAAGCUUGAUAAGUUGAAAGAUAAGGAGUACGGAGGUAGUAAUUGGGCAGAGCUUGUUGAGCAAACUCACCUAUUAACAACAACGCGUUUGGAUGUCUUGGAGAAUGAGAUGGGAGAACAAGGCUUGCCUGCAGAAUUAACACCUGAACAAGAGAAGCUAGUCCAGUCAUUAGGAAAAAAUGAACUUCGAAAAUACGUUGAUCUAAUUCGUAAACGUGGCCACUCAUUACAUGAAUUAAUCAGAGAUUACCUGAGUGAUAAAGAGUUGAUAGACUAUUUUAAGACAACAGAAUACUGGCAUAGUGUAUCUCAUGUACUCGAUGAAGUCACACAAGUCCACGCCUUGGAAAGUUGUGUUUGGCAUAGUAAUCUAGGUUAUGCGGGUACGGUGGACGCUGUAGCACAAUUUAGAGGUGAAACAUGCGUUUUCGAUUGGAAAACAUCUAAGAACCCUAAACUUUCCAUUUUCGAUUGUUAUGAUUAUCCAUACCAAGCAGUUGCAUAUGCAGGUGCCAUAAACCAAGACUUUAAUUACCCUUUUCAGGUCGAUUCAGUAGCUAUCGUUAUUGUUUACAACGAUGGUCAGCCUGCAACAGUGAUCCGCAUUACAGCAGAUGAUUGUCAACUAAUUUGGGAACACUGGCUAAUCCGAUUACAGAUGUAUAAACUCAAUUGUCAGUUAAAGCAGUUAUCUAAUGAUAGGGUUAAUUAUUUUUCUGAUAAUUAUUGGCAUCGGAAAGCGCUUAAAGAAAAUAAAAUCGAAAUCAAAGUGAUGGAUUUAUCAGGUUCUGGAGACCGCGUGCAAGAAACAAAUUCGUCAUCGCAAUUGCUAUCAGAAAUAAGAAUACUUCAAGGCAAACUGGAUGAAAAUAAGGCUAAGAUCAAAGAGCGAUUUCGAGUUUCAAAGCCGCGUAGAAGACCAAAACUGCAAUAA